AUGGCCAGGUUGCCCCGCAGGAUCAUCAAGGAAUCCCAGCAUUUGCUGGCAGAACCAGUUCCUGGCAUUAAAGCAGAACCAGAUGAGAGCAACGCCCAUUAUUUUCAUGUGGUCAUUGCUGGCCCCCGGGAUUCCCCCUUUGAGGGAGGGACUUUUAAACUUGAACUAUUCCUUCCAGAAGAAUACCCAAUGGCAGCACCUAAAGUACGUUUCAUGACCAAAAUUUAUCAUCCUAAUAUAGACAAGUUGGGAAGAAUAUGUUUAGAUAUUUUGAAAGAUAAGUGGUCCCCAGCACUGCAGAUCCGCACAGUUCUGCUAUCAAUCCAGGCUUUGUUAAGUGCUCCUAAUCCAGACGAUCCAUUAGCAAAUGAUGUAGCUGAGCAGUGGAAGACCAACGAAACCCAAGCCAUAGAAACAGCGAGAGCAUGGACUAGGCUAUAUGCCAUGAACAAUAUUUAAGUCGAUCAGAUCACCAAGUGUACACCACUUCUCCUGUUCUGCCAAGAC